CCCAUGGAUGACCGUGGGGACUCCUCCUCCCUGGGUGCAGUGCAGAGUUGAAAGCCCAGCUUUUGCUGCUUUGCUUAAGACCUGGUUAUUUUUUUUUUUUUUUUUUUUGUCAGCUGCCUGUUAUAUCAAUCACGGAGCUGGAAUCUAUUUAUAGGUUGGGACUCGGAGUACUGUGUCCUAGUCACAAAGAGAGGCAGAGACGCAGAAGGGACUGUCGGUUGGUGCGGGUGGAACCAAAAGAUAUUUAAUCAGCAAUUAGAAACACCUGAGGGCAAGGGAAAUUCUACUCCAGCCCUGUGCUUCAUCUCUCAACCUGCAGCAUAAUCUGAGAUCUCAAGCUCUUCAAAGUCUGGAAGAAAGAGCUGAGUGUCUUACUGGGAAUCUUCCCUCCCUAAUGGAAUAAAACACCCAUUUGGCUAAACAUCAGCCUUUGGUUGCAGUAACGCAGGUGCCCAGCAGAGUCUGAAUGUCAUGUUUGGAGGAAGUGUCAUUUGCAGCUUAUUUUUCUUCAUGGAGAAAAGGGAUGUGAAUGACUGCAACUUGAAAAGGUGCAGAGAAAGUGACAUGGUUCCAAUGAGGGUGAAUUAACCCAUGAAGAGCUAAGCACCAAUGCAACUCGUCUGCAUCUAGUAUCUCUACAAGUUCAUGCAGAGCAAGCUUGGGCUGCUUGGCAGGAUGUCCACAGAGGAGCGGCACCUCUCCUCCAGCUGCGGAUCUUUCAUCAAGACUGAGCCCUCCAGCCCAUCUUCUGGCAUUGAUGCCAUCAGCCACCACAGCCCCAGCGGCUCCUCUGAUGCCAGUGGUGGCUACGGCAUCACCAUGGGUGGCCACUCUAAUGGCUUGGACUCACCACCCAUGUUCAAUGGUGCAGGGAUGGGUGGAGGGUCCUGUCGCAAGCGCUAUGACGACUGUGCCAGCGCCAUUAUGGAGGACUCUCCCACCAAGUGCGAGUAUAUGCUCAAUGCCAUCCCCAAGAGGCUGUGCCUGGUGUGUGGGGACAUUGCUUCUGGAUACCACUAUGGAGUGGCUUCCUGCGAGGCAUGCAAAGCCUUCUUCAAAAGAACAAUCCAAGGGAACAUUGAAUACAGCUGCCCAGCCACCAACGAGUGUGAGAUCACAAAACGGAGGCGCAAGUCCUGUCAGGCCUGUCGCUUCAUGAAAUGCCUCAAAGUGGGGAUGCUGAAAGAAGGGGUUCGCCUGGAUCGAGUCCGUGGGGGGCGCCAGAAAUACAAGAGAAGACUGGACUCUGAGAGCAGCACUUACCUGAGCUUACAAAUACCCCCUCCAGUCAAAAAGCCAUUGACUAAGAUUGUCUCCCACUUGCUGGUGGCAGAGCCAGAGAAGAUUUAUGCCAUGCCUGAUCCUACUAUGCCAGAGAGUGAUAUCAAAGCGCUGACAACCCUCUGUGACUUGGCAGACAGAGAACUGGUGGUGAUCAUCGGCUGGGCCAAGCACAUUCCGGGUUUCUCUAAUCUCUCCCUGGGGGACCAGAUGAGCCUGCUGCAGAGUGCCUGGAUGGAGAUCCUCAUCCUGGGCAUUGUGUACCGCUCACUGCCCUACGAGGACAAGCUGGUCUACGCUGAGGAUUACAUCAUGGAUGAGGAGCACUCCCGCCUGACAGGGCUGCUAGAGCUGUACCUGGCCAUCCUGCAGCUGGUGCGCCGGUACAAGAAACUCAAGGUUGAGAAGGAGGAGUUUGUCACACUCAAGGCCCUGGCCCUUGCCAACUCAGAUUCCAUGCACAUAGAGGACAUGGAGGCAGUGCAGAAACUCCAGGACCUUCUCCAUGAAGCCCUGCAGGACUACGAGCUGAGUCAGCGCAAUGAGGAGCCGCGGCGAGCAGGCAAGCUGCUGCUGACCUUGCCCCUCCUGCGGCAGACAGCCGCCAAGGCCGUGCAGCACUUCUACAGCAUCAAACUGCAGGGCAAGGUCCCCAUGCAUAAACUCUUCUUAGAAAUGCUAGAGGCAAAGGUCUGACAGCCCCAGUGCCAGCCCACAGUGGCCGGGGAACAAACUAGAACCAGACACGGAGCAAUCCAAAACAGCAGCAGCAGCAGCCGCCACCGGCUUUUAUCUCCAAUCAUUUAUUAUGGAAGAAUUAUUUAAUGUCUCUGUCGGCUUGGCUGCAGAAUCUCAUGUACAGAGGGGGAAACUCUUUUAAUCAGUCACCCAUGUCUCUUUUUUGUUUUCUCGGUGGGAAACACCAGAGCACGCUCUUGCACUUGCGGAGGAGGCCAGAUGGAAGCAGCGAUGCUCUCUGCACUAUCCAGAGUCGCCUGCUCCCCAGUUCCCUCCACCAGCUCCAGAGGAGGAGGGAAGCAGGGAAUGAGGAAGAAUAGAGCCACUAUAAGCUUUGCUGGUUGGGGGGGGAGGCAGAGAGAGAGAGAGAGAGAGCGUGCGAACAAGCAAGCGAGUGAGGGGCACCGUGGGUCCUGCUACUUGUCACCUGCCAGCUAACAGGACCAUGGGGCACGUGUUUCUUUAGAGAAGAGCAUUAUAGGACCUCUUCACCUCAAAAUGUCUGCCUCCUGCACUCCCCUAGCUCCACCUAACACUUGUACAUAGAGGCCCCACUUCUUACUGGGAAAGUUGCUCCUAACCAUGUAAGAUAUUCUGCAACCUUGUACAGUGUGUCAUUCUGCCUGCCUGCUACCCACCCCCACACAGUCCCCACAGGCUAGUGAAGUGUCAGGACCUGUCCCGAGAAAACAAGUCUCUGUCUACAGUGGGAACAAGCCUGACAUUCUGCUUCAGUGCUGGCAUCAUCUGGUAAUCUCUGCAUUGUUUCAUAUAUGGUGCUAUUUAAACUCCUUCUGCACUUUUCACCCCAUAGUGUCUCAAGUCUGCCUCAGCUCAGAAACUAGCUCUCUGCCACUCACAUAGGUGCUUGUGCUAGAGCAUGUGGCAACUGGGCCCAAAUACAAACAUGCUUCCACCCUACCAAAAAAACACCACACCUGGGCAUGCCUUCACCUUUCUUUGAACAUGGGACAUUUGCUUUCACACAACUCCAGGCUAGUGGAGACAAAGGGAAUUGUUUGCAAGAGAAAGUGAUCUCCAUGCCUGGGAGCCUGCUGUUGGGUACCAAAUAAAAAAAAACAACCCAAAACAACUGAGAUGGAGGUGUUCAAACCUUAGUAACUACAUCCCAUCUACCAUCUCCCUUGCUCAGAAUUCCCUAGUCACUGCAUACUCCUGACAUGGGGCCAGCUCCAGCAGUUUAUUCCUUUAAUGAAAUGUUGAUUGGGAGAGAUUAUGCUUGUGGCCAAAGGGUCCCCUAUUCCCCACUAGUUUGCUGUGGCUGGCCCUUGUCCAUCAGCUGAUUUAGGUAGGAACUAUUGUAGCUGAAGCGGCUGUGGAGAAAUUUGGGUGGCUAAGAACGCUUGAGAUGGAUAGUCAAGGACUUCCUUGUCUACGUCUCUUGUUCAAAGCCUGCCUGAGUUAGUGAUAGCAGAAAAUCAUCAUCUGUUGGCUGCUCACUAGCGUGGGCAGGGAAUAUUUCAAUUCAGUUCUACCCUAAAAUCUAGCUGGCACUAACUGCCCCCAUUGCUGGCAGGCCCAGGAGAGAGAGUAUGAGCUGAGUGGGCCAUGGUCCCAAAAGAGGGAGAGAGCAGACAGUGCAUUAAGCUCACUCGCCACUGGAGAAGGUGUCACUGCCCAGGCCUCUUCACUGAGGAUGCAGUUACAGUACAUCUUGUGGCACAUCAUAGCAUUACCCAUGCUCACUUGGGCACCACAAAUACAUUAGCUGUACUAGCACUGUGCUCCCUUUUUCUCAGCAGAGUAUGUUAGACCCCAACAAGUGGCUAGAUUGCCUCUGGUCCCUGAUCUAGCUCUGCUGUGUGCCCUGGUGCUGCUCCUUCAGCCUGUUUACCCAGUGUUACACUCAGAAACGGGAGGGAGAUCCCUGGGAUUGCACACUUUAGAAAACACAUAGAACUAAGCACUGGAGCCAGGAGCCACUUGGAAAAUGUGACAGGUCGUGCACUCCCUUCCCCAGGACAGAGAGCUGACAACAGCCUUGUGCUUUGAACAAACUCCUGUGCUAAGCACCACAUUUCCUCCCAGAGGCUUCUGCGGAGCAAAAUUUCUAAUUGUGUGAAGCGCUCAGGCAACUCCCCAUGAUGGAGAGGGCGCUUGGCCAUGUGUGUUGUCACUGUGUAGCCAUCUCCAACUGCAUACUUUACCUUGGCAAGUGUUUCUGUCUGUUUGGCAUAAGUACUUGUACUAUUGUACCAGGCUGAGUUGUGGCCAAUACACUGGGUUCUCUUCCAUGCCAAGUUCCCUCCACCUCCUUCUGGCAACAGCAUUGCGCACCAUUCUCAGUCAUUAGUCCUGCUUCUUUUCUGUACGAAGUUAACUGUUGAGAACCUGACUGUGACGGCCAGAGAAGAAGCUAUAACCAUCACUGGUCUCAACUUCAGGUCCCUGAAAAAGGUGCAAUUUUACUUGUAUUUGUAAAAGGGACUCUUCCUAUUCUGCUAGCACUGGGAUUAUUUCUGAAUAAAGAAAGGCUAAACCCUAAUGAAAAAAAAAAAAAAGAGGGUCAGGAGAGAAGGUGCUAAGUCUAGCUCCCAUCCCACUGCAGCUUGUUCAGACUAUCUAGAUUACAGAGGGGAUUCUUGUCUUGAUGGGGGACUGUAGAGAUACUGAAGUGGUAAUGGCAGAAAGCAUCAUCACAUGCCCCUCCUCCCAAAAAUGUACCACCAGUGGAGCUAGUCAGAACAUGAAGGUGUUUCACUGUAAAUACUCUUCUCAGAGAAAAGCUUCAAGACCCUGGUUCUCCAUGACCGCUGAAGAACUUACCUCCCCAGAGGUACACUCACAGCUCAUACAGCUGUUGUGGCAAGCAAUGAAAGCAUCUCAGCAGACUGGGAAAUCAGUGUCUUAGCAAGCACCCCCCCCCCCCCACCUUUUUUUUUUUUAUUUUAAUACAGGAAAAGGGGAUGUGAACUUCCCCUGGGAUUUGUGAAGGGAACACAGGCAUGGAAUUCACCCUAAAAGCCCCCCACAGUUUUACCUAAGAAACAAGGUCUGGGCUCCUUGGCCACAGUGGUAUUCAGAGGCAGCAUACCCCUGGGAUUAUUGUACUGCCACUAUACUAGAGCUUAGAUUCAAUGGGGGUGGGUGCUCAAACAUAGAGACUAGAACCUGGCUUUAUGGACCCUGUCAUGCUCCAGCUCUCUCAAUGCACUUUGAAAUAGGUUGUAGGGCUGCAGCAACUGUUAAAGCCAUUGCAUGCUCAGCAGUCUCACUCGCACAUGAUCUGGGAUUCAAGAAUUCAGAUGUUAAAUAGGAAUCUAGGACAGAUUCCCUUAGAUCCCUGUAGGGAAUCUCUACCUAGCAUCCAAGUCGCAAAGCCAGUCCUGUACCAUUGUAACUUCACAUGUGUAAGAGAAGCUUGACCCUGGCUUGCUCCUGGGUACUAAACAUAUGUAGUAACUGUAAAACAAGACUCAGAAGUAAUAAGCUGGAAGCCUGAGUCCACCAGUCAUGCUUGUGGGAGCUGUAUUACUGCUCCCAUUCAUACAGCAAAAGUUUGUGUGCACAGGUAACAGAAACCCAAGCACCUGCCAGAUACUACAAAAACAAAGCCCCUCUCCCCAAGAGGCUCUGACGAGCCAGCUUCUCUUAUUUGGCCACAUUCCUUUAGGUUUCUGGCUUCUAAGCAAAAUACAUUUCACAGGGAUCAUUUAAGGUAACUGGUGCAAUGACACAUAGAUUUAUGUUUGGAGCAAAAUUAUGAAGUGACAGAAGAAACAUUGAACCACAACCUCAUAUUAGCAGUCAGGAUAAAUAGGGGGUGUUACUAUCUCUUCAUAACCUAACUAAGGCAUAAUUGUUUUUAACUAUUACAAACAUAUUUUAAAAAUCAUGCUGCAGAAGUGUAAGCACUAAGCAGCUAUUAAAGGAAAUGGCACUGAGAAAGACCGGAGAAUGUAACUGGUUGGAAUUUUUCCUCAACCAGAGUUGAGAAAAAAAAGAGCUUCCCCUUGUAUCCACAAGCUACAAACCAAUCACCUGGUGCAAGGCCACCUGUUCUUGUGGCUGGAUUAUAUGGGGAAACCAGAGAGCUAGCAAAGGUGUGAGAAAGAUGCAGGGCGUUCUAGUCAGACAGUGAAAUAAACCGUAUCUACUCAACUAUUAUCUGCUCCUUAAAACAAAAGGAACCUGUUAAAUAAAUCAGUUGUAUUCUUGUGGUACAGGUCAUUUCGAACAAAACAAGAAAUAAAAAACACAGAUAUGUACAAAUGAA